UUUCUCUCUCCCCUCCCACUUUUUUCUCCUACAAGAAGGUGUCCUGACAGCAUGUCUCUGUUGUACGAGAUCACUCUGCAGAGAGCCACAAUGGAGGGGCAGAGUGAGAUCGACCGCUUCGGCGAGCCAUUCGAGGGAAGCUUCCUGGGGAGGCUGAAGGACGAAGGCUCCGGGAGCGACAACCAGCUCGAUGGAGCUUCUGGGGAUGACGAUCAGGAUGAUGCUGUUGAUGAAGAAGCAGGAGUUCUUCCCCGCAAGAGGAAGAAGUACCACCGCCAUAGCCCACAUCAAAUUCAAGAACUUGAAGCUUUCUUUAAGGAGUGUCCUCAUCCUGAUGAGAAACAAAGGUUGGAGCUGAGCAGGAGGCUUGGUUUGGAGUCCAAGCAAAUCAAGUUCUGGUUUCAGAACCGACGGACCCAGAUGAAGACUCAAAUGGAGCGCCAUGAGAAUAUUAUGCUGAGAGACGAUAACAAUAGGCUCCGGAACGAGAACGACGCGAUGCGGAGCAAACUGGCCAAUCCCAUUUGCGGCAACUGCGGCGGCACGGCCAUCUUUAACGGCGCCGGCAUGGUGUCGUACGAGGAGCACCAGCUGAGGGUCGAGAAUGCUCGGUUGAAGGAGGAAGUAGCUCGGGUUCGCGCUCUUACCGACAAGUUCUUGGGGAAACAACCCCCCACUGCACUCCUUCCCUCGAGCCCUUCAAGGUCCAAUCGUGGUCCGGAGUUCUCCGCCCAGGGGCACGUUCCCAACGUUUCAACCACAGCCACUGCCGCAUUGCCAAUGGGAAUAAGCUCUUUAGAUGGAAUGUCGAAUGCUUCCCCAGUUAGUCCUUAUGCUAGACCAGCAGUUGCGAUGGGUAGGAAUCAAUUGUCCACUGAAAAAUCGGCUUACGUUGAAGUUGCAAUAGCUUCCAUGAAUGAAUUGAUCAAGAUGGCUGAACCCAAUUCCUGCCUUUGGCUGCGAACUUUGGACGGAGCAAAAGAAGUAUUGAACCACGAGGAGUACUCACGGUUAUUCACUCCUCUUGCCAGUGCGAGGCACAGUGAAGUGGUGACCGAGGCAUCAAGGGAGACCAGUAUUGUCCCCAUCAACAGCUUGGCCGUUAUAGAGAUUUUGAUGGACGUGAAUCGUUGGGUGGAAACAUUUCCCUGCAUAGUUGCUCGAUCAUCCACCAUCGAAGUAAUGUCGAGUGGAAUCAGAGGAAACAGGAAUGGAGCUCUGCAAGUGAUGCAUGCUGAAUUUCAAGUGCUUUCACCGUUGGUUCCUUUGCGCCAAGUGAGAUUUCUUAGGUUCUGUAAGCAGCAUGGAGAGGGUAUGUGGGCGGUGGUCGAUGUUUCCGUUGGCAUGCUCCAAGACAGUUCGGAUCCGUGUGGUUCCGCCAACUGUAGGAGGCUUCCUUCUGGAUGUGUUUUACAGGAUAUGCCGAAUGGCUGUUCCAAGGUAACUUGGAUCGAACAUUCAGAAUAUGAUGGAACUGCAGUUCACCCUCUUUACCAUUCCUUCCUUAUUUCCGGCAUGGGAUUCAGUGCUCAGAGGUGGAUUGCCUCGCUACAGAGGCACUGUGAGUGCUUGCUAACAUUCAUGUCAUCUACCUACCCUAAUGAAGAUGGUUCAGGAAUGAAUCCCAGUGGAAGGAGAAAUAUGCUGAAACUGGCACAACGUAUGACAGAUAAUUUCUGUUCGGGGGUCUGUGCUUCACCGCUGCACAACUGGGAAGUCCUUCACCUCGGGAACAUGAAUGGCGAUGUGAGGGUAACGACUAGAAAAAACGCUGGUAGACCCGGCGAGCCGCCCGGGAUUGUACUGAGUGCAGCUACUUCCAUUUGGAUGCCCAUAGCGCACGAGACAGUAUUCAACUUUGUGCGCAACGAGCAGUUGAGGAGCGAGUGGGAUAUAUUAUCCCACGGUGGCCCGAUGCAAGAGAUAGUCCAUGUGGCUAAGGGUCCGAGGCGUGACAAUUGCGUCUCUCUUCUCCGUGCUAAUGCACUCAGCGCGAGCGACACAAGCAUGGUGAUUCUGCAAGAGACGUGGACAGAUGCAUCCGGCUCCCUCAUAGCCUAUGCUCCAGUGGACAUAACAGUGAUUGAAUCAGUGAUGAGUGGCGGAGACCCGAACAGCGUCGCUCUCCUACCGUCUGGAUUCGCGUUGCUCCCAGACAGUCCGUCGCACAUUGAUGGACUAAAGAAUCCCGAUGAAAGUCUCAUAGGAACAGCUGAUAGCAGGGGGUGCCUAAUGACAAUCGGGUUUCAGAUCCUUGUGAGCAGCACUCCUGCUGCGAAGCUCACAGCCGAGUCAGUCGAGACUGUGCACAACCUCCUUUCGCGCACAAUCCAGAGGAUCAAAACCUCAUUGCAAAUGUCCUAGUUCAUUUUUUUUUUCCUGCUUUUUCUUGUUAAUUUUAGAUUGAUUUACUCUAUGUAUGGAAUAAGAUAACAUAAAGUAUAGAGGACUGAAAUGAAUGGAAACGCAUAGGUACCGGAAAAGAAGAACAAGGUGGUAUCAAGUCAAGAACGAACCACCCCCGGACUUGGUGAUGGAAUUGAAGGUACCGGAUCUUUCGCCGAUCUGGGGGUUCGGGUAUUGACUUAGAUAACCGCUGGGAUGGAGUUAGCUCUCAAAUUGUUAUCUCGAGGGAAAUUAUCCUGUUCUCUGAGGAAUUUGAAAUUUUGUCAUAGAUCUAAUUUCUCUAUCCUUCGGAUUCCAUAGUAGGAAAGUCUAUGCAUCUCAGCGC